AUGAAAGGAGGGUAGGCAGCAAUUACAUAUUUUUGUUAUAUCUGUAUUACUUUAGUGUAAAAAGCAAGUCUGGAAAAAGAUCCGGUGGAAGUACCGAAGAUCCCUUCAGUGGUGGAGGCGUUGCAUCCAAGUCAAGGGGAAAGGCAAAGAAAUCAUUGAGCAAUAGCAAAGAGGAGACCCGGCGAUUGGCCACGGCCAAAUCAGAAAGAGAUGGAGCUGCUGAGAUGACUGAGAUUGCAUCCAAACUUACGAGUCACGAUUGGUACCAUGGAAUGAUGCCCAGAGAAGAAAUCGAGGAUUUGCUCAAGAAUGAUGGAGAUUUCCUACUGAGAAAAGUAAGUAAUCGAAAGUCGAGAUCAAAGUUUUUCUUCAGACAGAUGUAUCGAAGAAGCCAAGAAUCGCGAUCAGUGUCUUUUCCAGUAACAGAAUCCGUCACAUUCUUCUCAAUUUCGCGGACCAAAAGUGGUUUAUCCGAGAUGCAAAGAUGGCAUCAGUCGGCCAAUUGGUGGAGCAUCAUCUCAAGAACAAGAUCCCUGUUCAGAAUGAUGGGACCUGCAUCUCACAUCCGAUUCCUCGGCCUGAUUUUUAUAUUCUUCAUGAUCACAUUACAUUGGGGCAAAGAUUGGGUGGAGGAGCUUUUGGAGAUGUCCACAAAGGACUUCUAAAGAGGAAUAAUGAGACCUUGCCUGUGGCAGUUAAGAAACUGAAAGGACAAAUGAGAAAGAAACAACGGACCGAGUUCGUAAAAGAAGCCAAGAUCAUGAAAAGAUUCAAUCACAAGAAUGUGGUCAAGGUCUAUGGAGUAGCCCCUCAGGUAAUUCAGUUUUGUUUUUGACGACUUAAGAUUAUUCUAUGACGUAAGAAUGGGAACAUCUUAUUUCCAGGAAGAGCCGCUGCUGAUUGUUCUGGAGUUCUGCCCUGGAGGAGCCCUCAACAGUCAUCUGAAGGGUCAUCCAGAAGUCUCGGUGGAUCGACUCUGUAAUUACGCGAAGGAUGCCUGCCGAGGAAUGUGUUAUUUGUCUUUGCGGAAGGUAAUUUGGGUGUCAAGAGAGGGCCGAGUCCUUUGUUUGUCCUUCCUGAGAUUUGUAAUUGCCGUUUAAUCUCAUUUAGAUCAUCCACCGCGACAUCGCCGCUCGCAAUUGUUUGCUGGGAAAGGAUGACGAGGUCAAGAUCAGUGACUUUGGCCUUUCUGUGGCCACUAGUGAACUCAAAUUGGACAGGUUGAGCAAGAUGCCGAUUAAAUGGCUGGCCCCGGAGACUCUGCGCAGUGGUGUCUUCUCGACGAAAACAGAUGUCUGGUCAUUUGGAGUGAUGAUGUGGGAAAUAUUCAGUCGAUGCAAGACUGAUCCUUACCCAAACGACAACAAUCUGCAAGCCCGAGGCAAGAUUUUGAGUGGGAAACAACCAAUGGAUGCACCCGCGAACACCCCACCCCACAUGGCGGCUAUUCUCAUUCUGUGUUUUACUCAGGUACGGUUACUGUAGUCAUCAGAAAAACAAAUUAUUAUAGCAAGCCGACCAACGUCCCAGUUUCGAGGCUUUGUUCAAGAUUAUGUGCCCUAGAGAGAGUCCUCCGGAACCAGAAUCCAACGACGAAUUCAUGAAGGAGAUCGAGAAAUUCAAGAAAGAAGCCGAAGCCAACAAAGAGAGCAAGGCCGAAGGGAUCUCCAAGAGCACGGGAAACGCUUCGAAGCCUGUCGAAUAA